GCCAGGUUGUGCGCUCCGCCAAGUCCCGGCCACUGCGGCCAGAUGUUGCAAGCGCCUCUCGUCCUCUUCCUACCUGGCUCUGCCGCUGCCUCCUUUGCCUGCGGAGCAGCCCGGCGCUGGCCUCCCGCAGCCGGACCCAGGUUCGCGUCCGCCACCUGGGCGGAGGCGCUGCUGAGGCCUCGGCGGUGGAGCGAUGGGGAUGCUGCUGCCCGGGAACCGCAGCUUCCUCCUGGGCCUCUGGGCGGCCCUUCGGCGCAGGCUGCAGGGCGAGAAGUCCUGGGACCGGCGCCUCGACGAAAUCAACCUGCUGCAGCAGAAGAGGAUCUGGGAAUCUCCCCUCCUCCUGGCUGCCAAGGAGAACGAUGUCUCUGCCAUUCAGAAGCUCCUUGCCAGCCACAGCUGCGACAUUCACGAGAGAGGUGCUGUUGGGGAGACAGCUCUUCAUGUAGCGGCCUUGUAUAAUAGCUUGGAAGCUGCCCAACUCCUGGUGGAUGCAGCUCCGGAACUAGUGAACGAGGCUAUGACAUCAGAACUUUACACAGGGGAGACAGCUCUUCACAUAGCUGUGGUGAACAAAAACCUAAAGCUGGUGAAAGCUUUGCUUGAGAAGGGGGCAGAUAUUAAUAGCCCGCGAGCCACUGGAUACGUCUUCAGGCGCAGAAGUGACAACCUUAUCUAUUUCGGGGAACACAUUCUAUCUUUUGCGGCCUGUGCUGGGAGCGAAGCAAUUGUGCAGCUGCUCAUUGAAAAUGGCGCCAACAUCAGAGUGCAAGACUCCUUGGGUAACACUGUCCUCCACAUCUUGGUUCUCCAACCAAACAAAGCAUCUGCCUGUCAAAUGUACAAUCUGUUUCUUCAGUGCAACAAGGAGGAGAAGGAGCUGGUGGGCCUUGACUCAGUCGCAAACAACCAGGGCCUCACUCCCUUUAAGUUGGCUGGUGUUGAGGGCAACACAGUGAUGUUCCAGCAUUUAAUGCAAAGAAGAAAGCACAUCCAGUGGAUGUUUGGGCCUUUGACAUCCACCUUGUAUGACCUCACGGAAAUUGACUCCUGGGGUGAUGAUCAGUCGCUUCUGGAGCUCAUUGUCACCACCAAAAAGAGAGAGGCUCGGCGGAUCCUAGACCUUACCCCUGUGAAUGAGCUGGUAAGCCUGAAGUGGAAUAAAUAUGGAAGGCCGUAUUUUUGCAUCUUGGCCUUAUUCUACGUCUUGUACAUGAUUUGCUUCACAAUGUGUUGCGUCUACCGGCCUCUGAAAGAACGGCGCUGUAACAAAACAAAUGAAAGGGAUAACACAAUCUACGUUCAGAAACUUUUGCAGGAAUCUUAUCUUACCCCUGAAGAUGACCUCAGGUUGGUGGGCGAGCUUAUCACUGUCAUUGGAGCCAUAGUGAUAUUGAUUCUGGAGAUUCCAGAUAUCUUCAGAGUUGGCAUCACCAAAUACUUUGGGCAAACUAUCCUUGGAGGACCUUUCCAUGUCAUCAUUAUCACAUACGCCUGGAUGAUACUGGUGACCAUGGUGAUGCGUCUCACCAGCACAAACGGAGAGGUGGUCCCCAUGUCCUUUGCUCUGGUGCUUGGCUGGUGCAACGUUAUGUACUUUGCACGAGGGUUUCAGAUGCUGGGGCCCUUCACUAUCAUGAUCCAAAAGAUGAUAUUUGGAGACCUUAUGCGCUUCUGCUGGCUGAUGGCAGUGGUGAUCCUUGGCUUUGCCUCUGCGUUUUAUAUUAUCUUCCAAACAGAAGACCCUGAUGAGCUGGGCCACUUCUACAACUACCCCAUGGCACUUUUUAGCACUUUUGAACUCUUCCUGACCAUCAUUGAUGGGCCUGCCAACUACGAAGUGGACUUGCCUUUCAUGUAUGGGAUCACAUACUCUGCCUUUGCUGUCAUUGCCACUCUCCUUAUGCUCAACUUGCUCAUUGCCAUGAUGGGGGACACCCAUUGGCGUGUGGCCCACGAACGGGAUGAACUCUGGAGAGCCCAGGUUGUUGCAACCACUGUCAUGCUAGAGCGCAAACUCCCACAAUGCCUCUGGCCUCGGUCUGGGAUCUGGGGGCAGGAGUAUGGGCUGGGCGACCGGUGGUAUCUCAGGGUUGAAAGUCGUUGUGAAAACCGGCAGCCGAAGCAGCCUAAAACAUUUGAGCCCCACCGCAGGGAUGCCUUUGAAAAGUACCUGAAGCGCAAAUUGCCAGUGGGGGCAGAAGACGGCGGACAGACUUGCGCAACGAAGCAGGUGCCCAUUGGCACUCCUUCUGACUCACCCAAUUUAUCGCGGAGGAGCUCAAACUGCGGCUGGGACAUCAUAAGGCGCAACACUUUGGUCCAGCUUCCAGGAUACACCAACCGUGCUAUGGAAGAGGAAGAGGUCUACCAUGUGUGAGCACGGGAACUUGUGCCUGUGGAAGAGUCUCCUCGUGAAAUAGGGGCUAGAGGCCACUCAGGGCUAUUGUAAUGGCCACACUUAUUUAAAAUUCUCUGGCACUGACAACUAUCAAAUGACUGUUGAUAGUUUGGAGCCCACAUUUGCUGCAAGGAGAAGACCCGGGAAGGUCUUCUCUUGUGGAAGUGCAAGCAAGCACGCCAACAUCCGAGAAUUGUCACAAGUCCAGGAGAACAACUUGGGAGACGACCAAGAUUGUAGCAUCCUUCGAGGACAGACUCUUUCUUUUUUUAAAAGAACUUCCCAUGAGUGUUGCAGAUCUUAUACCUUGAGUGGUGAUUGAGAGAACACUGGGUCUAACUUUUCUUGUGUUCUUGGAGAAUAGAUUUCCUCCUGUAGCCACUACUGCAUGUUUCAUGGAACUCCAGGUGAGGUCAAGAGCUGGUAACACCCAUGAGUUUAUAUAUGGCUGUUUAGAACAAGAAGAGAUUCUAAAGAAUAAGCUAGUCCCGCUGGGAUACAGUUCACCACACCUAUGCCAGUAGUGAAAGGUAAAUCCAAGGGGAGCGGGGGCAGGACGGGGAACAGCAGCUAUGGCAAGGAGGGUGGAGAUGCUGCUGUCUUUAUUGUGUUGCUGCUGCUUUGCCUCCUCUCACCUUGGUCAUGUGUAGCAUGCAACAGUGUGUGUGCGUGAGACAGUGUGUCAUUUUGUGAUUUUUUCAUUCCCCCCCCCCCCGCCGUUUUGCAAUUGCUCCUUGUAGCAUCUGGUUCCACCCCAGAGACUCCUAGGAGCUGGUAAAUGAAGGACAUUCAGCCCCUUCCUUGGGGGAUGUGUUGCUCUGCUCAGCCGAGCUAAACAGUACGGAGUUAGUUACUAACGCGUAGUUUAAAUCUGGACUUGCACAACCGAAACCUCGGCCUCCUGGCCCUGCACUUGGACGGCAAAAGGGAAUAGCUUUGCAGUUUUCAGGCAGCUUUCUAAUUUUAGGAGUGUUUUUAAGGUCUGUUGCAGCUGCUGCUUCUGAUCCAGCAGCUCAUUUUCUUGAGGUUGGGGGCAGCGAGUCAUUUUUCUGCAUGCUCUCGCACUCUGUGCACUGUCUUCCGCUCUUUGGCUUUUCAUUUUCUUGUUCUGAGCUCCAUCUUAGGCUGCUUGUUGCUUUGUGCUCUCUCUCACUGUGUCUCUUUCUCUCCGCUCAGUCUUCCUUGCACUCACUCUCCCCAUCCCUGCUUCAGACUGUUCCUUGUGCAAUUUAUAUUUUAACCCAUUUAUCAUCUCUAGUCUCCUCUUCAAUGUUUCUUCCAGGAGAUCAGUAUUCCUGCCUGCUUGCCUUAUUAUUGCUGAAAUGUGACAAUGCAGAGAUUGCAGGGCUACUGCCGGAAACAGCAACCCUGUCUGCCCUUUGGGGCCUGUCUAGUAAACUAACAUUUGGAACGUGACAAGAUAGCGUAGCAUCUUCCGUUUCCUACCCUGUCAGUGAAGUAGAGGAGAGGGGCAGAGAAGCUUGCAACAAGGCAUGACAUGUUUUAGUUAUCUAUACAUUACCAGGGGUGAGAUGAGGAAGCAUUCUGGUGCUAGCAUUGCCACCACUCUGGUGGAAGAAAGUAGAUCAGUGCUAAUUUGAUUAAUUGUAUUCUUUAAAAAAAUGCCAUUGACUACCAUUGAGGCUGAAGUUUAUGAAAAGGUUGGUGGACAAAAUUAACAUGGAGAGGUUAGUAACUAGCCCGGUCAGUGCUCACCAGAGUUCCUUGUUAGUGAUACUGUGCUUUAAACCUCAUUUCCCUGUUUAAUUGUACAUGUGAAUUUUGGCUUCAUCUUCCUAGGUCUCUGUUGUCAAAUUCAAUUGAAUGUUCUGCCGAGACCUUCAGUUCUUUAAGUUUAAUUUUGGUGUCAGGGGGUAACUUUAGAAGAGUGCGGUGUCCGUUCUGUAUUUUGUUGUUUGCAAACAUGGUGUGUGCAAUCUAUGUCUUGGUUCAAGUAAUUAUAAUGUUAAACCUGAGCUAUGUUAAAUACGGAAUCCAGAGAUUCCUUUGUCCUGGGUUCAUAAGGAUCCAUUAUUGAACAUUUUCUCUAAAGCUCCUGUUACAAAAUACAUUUUUUAAAUGCUACGUCUGCACAAUUUUAUUUAUUUUAGAUGUUUCUAGGCUGCCUUUCUGGAAAGAAUCCUCUCAAUAUCAGCAUCGUGACCCUUGUUUUGCGUGUUCAAAUGUUAACAUUGUAAUGUUUUAAAAAUAUGACUGCCAACAUUUUCUAGCGCACUAGAACUUGGAUGCUAAUUUCUCUCCAGCGGCAAUUGGUGAGUACUUCCGCCUUUAUACUUAUUAAUCCAGAGACCUUGGGCAGCAGUGUCACUCAAGAGUUUCCCCCCUUACCUGCUGCAAUGCAUACAUACAGAUUUGAUUGAGCUGUGGGGUGAUAUGCCCUCCUCUGCACACAUUCCAACUUCUUGCAUCAAAUGCAUGAUGGAGGGAUAUACAUUCAUUGAAACAGAUUGCUAAAGGCACAAUGCUAAAAUGUAAUGCAUUACCUUGAGGCCACAGU